AUGCAGAGGACAGGUCUUCAGUUUAUGGGAUUGUACCACAACGAAUGGGCUGAAGCUCUUGGUAUCGAGAUCUCCAGCGCGAGGGCCAAGGACGGCACCAUGGUGGUGAACAGAACCUCCCUCUCCAGCGGCAAGCUGAUGCCGUCGCUGAGCUUCAAGCUGUGGGAGGCAGAGGCGGUAGUCGCUUCCAUGGACCACGGCAGCAGGCCGAGCCAGGUGGACGUCGUCGACUGCUGCCUGAGAGACUCGGCGGAUGAGUUGGUGUUCAUGGCGUCUCCGACGACCCCGACGAGCCCGCGGGUGUCGUCCAGCCCCAAAUGCGAGCUGGACGCCGCGGCGGUGAAGCUUCAGAAGAAAUGCCCACUUGACAAAGACGAUGAGUACCCCUUGCUGAGCAAACCUGACGCUCAGCCCAACGCCGCCGUCUCGAACGGCACUGACGGAGCAGAAGACAACACGGACUCUGCAGCCAUGGAUGAACAUACGAGCGAAUCCGAGGCGGCUGACGGCGACGUUCACCAGGCAAUCCGUGACGGCAACACGAGUGAAGCAGAGGAGGACGACACCGACACCCACGCUCACACCGACAUCGACACCGAAGAGGAGGCGCAGCAGCACGAGGCGAUCAGUCUUGUUUCAUCGUUUCACUAG